CAAUAGCAACCAGCUGAUUUAAUUCUCAGUUCGUUGUCUUCCCGACAAGAUCUCUAUUUUUUUUCGGCCAGCCGCCCGUCCCUCUGGAGUGAUUUCAAUAAGAAUCUUCUCCCCUACAUAACGUGUGCGUAUAUUUUCGUCGUCAGCCACUGAGAGGAAACACGAUUUACUUCUGCAGCUUACUUUUUUUUUCUUCUUUUCUUUCUGUAUUUAACUCUCAACUGCGUUAGCAAGUAGUUUUACCUCAACCUUUAUUUCUUUAUUCUCUUUCGUAUCUGGCAGCAGUAAAAUUUUUUUCCAUCCUCACUAAGUUAUUUAGUUCCCUAUAACAACCAACUUUAUCUGGCGCACUCGGCCUUUUAUAAUAAUUCCAAGUUCAAAACAAAAACAAAACAAGGCAAAACAAAACAAAAAACAUUUGACCUUUUAGAUAAGAAAUUUAAAGCGACCGUACUGCAAAAAACAAAAACAAAGGAAGAAAGAAAGAAACUAAAAAAAGGAAAACGAAAAUUAAUGAAAUAUUUCAAAAUCGCUAAUCAUAAUAUAAAAAAAAAACAAUAACCAUGAUACAGUCACACAACUCAUUGUGAGAGGAAAUUUUGUUUUGGAGCCUCCGAUGUGAUAAUUUACCGUACAUUUACCGUGCUAGGAUUACUGAAAAACCUUACAUCUUUUUUGAAGGGGACGACUAACAGAAAACGAGGAUUGAGCAGUGAAAUUCUUAUCAGUGAGGAUACUAAGCUACCUGAUGUAAAACUUAUAAUAAUGUCUGAUCUCUAGGGAAACCCUGGAAAACAAAAUAAGCUCAUCGGAAAGUAAUUUCAUAGUAGAAUGGAAACUUACUAUGCUACAAUUCUUCACCAGUUAAGAUGUGAACAAAUACUUGAAGCAACAGGGAAUUACACAGUUAGUUUGCAAGCACUUUGCCCACUUAAUGGUGAAAUUGUUCAUAUUUAUUAACACUUGGAAAUAAUAUAUACGAUUCCAACUUUCUCUUUCUUUUUGCGGAUAAAAACAAUUAUUACUUUAUUUUGCUGAAAGUGCUUUACAAGACUCUUCCAGAUUAAACCUAUUGGAUAUUUAACUUUUAUAAAUUUUACCGCCAAGAUCUACAGAAACAAUCAUGUCGGCGUUACCAAGAGUUAUUGAUCCCCUUUUUCAUUUCGAAACCCACUUUCCUGAGCGUAUUUCCAAGCUUCACUUGAACCCAGAGUACCCAGCAGCACAUCGGCGCACGAAGAAGCCAAAGUGUCGCGCUAGUGCUCGCUAUAAAACUCAGCCCAUUACUUUUGAUGAAAUUAAAGAGGUCGAUGAAGAGAAUAUUGAACCUCCUGAAACACAAAACAAGGACAACCUCCGUGGACAGUUCCAAGCAUUUUCUCGAUCUAUGGAUGGCUUGGUCCCUAAAAAUUCUCAGUCUCAAGGAAAUAACAACAACAAUAACAACAACAAUAAUACUGCUACAACUCCCCUCAAACCUUGCUUGAAAAAGCCACAGCAGAAUAUAUCUCCACUUGCCCGUGAGUCACAUCCUCGAUCCCGACGGGAGCGUUCAGCAUCAACCACAGAGGCAAGUACACAGACAUUCUUUACCAACUUAGACCAAGCUAACAACAGCAAUGGCGUAGAUAACACUUCUGAUCAACUAGCAGACAGUGCAGACAGCCAUCUGACCUAAGGUUUGUCGAACCCAGCAGUCUGUUCCUCUGGAAUUCCUUAUUUUUCCUUUAUUUAAAAAAUAUUUUUUUCAAGCAUGGUUACAUGAACAGAUGUUUUCUUGGGGGGGACAUAUUAUUCCCAAAUGAUUAAAUCAAGAAAAAGAAAAAUGUUUAUUUGCUAUAGGGAAAUAUAGACUGUUUUCCCUAAAAUUUCAUUGAUGGACAGAUGAUCCAAUAUUUAUUGAACGACAGGAAAAGUCAGUUCAGGGGUAACUGUUAGCUUUCAUCAGAUAAAAAUUUGAAAUAUUCACCUUCAAGAUGCCUUAACUGUUUUUUAUUUUUUUCUUUACUUAAAAAAACAAAAAAAUAUUCGACAGUUAUCCCUGAAAAUGACUUUCUUCCUUUCGAAAUUUUUCAAAUAUUAUCUUUUUCUUUCUUUCUUUCUUUCUUUAUCUUAUUCAAUUAUUUGUUCAAUGAAUUAAAUUCAAAAAAAAAAUAUAUAUUGACAUUACUUUGCCAGAACUCUGCACAAAGGUACGGAAUGAACAUGCGUAGUUGAUUCAGUUAUUUCUAUAAAAAUUCAAUACUGAAACUACUUUAUUAUUUAUGUCUACAGACAUAUAUACGAACAAUUUAUCAAAAUUUUGUAGAAGCCGAGUUUUUUUCUCUUAAAAGACAAAAAAAGAAAAAAUACAGGGCAAACAAAGAAAAUUCAAUCCUCAAUUAUUACAAAAAAAUCCUUAAUUUUUGUCUGUAUUUAUUUAUAUGUUCUAUAUUUUUCAUUAGGAGAAAUAUAUAUUUAUAUAUCACUUCUACACUGCUUUAUUAUUAUUAUUUUCAUUGUUUUAAUUAUUUUCAUUAUUAUUAUUAAUUUUUUUCUUGGUGGUAUUAUGUAGCCUGAAGGAAGUUUAAGCAAAUAAAAUAUUCUAUUGAUAUUCUGUUGAAACAUGA